CAGUGUGUGUGAGCUGUAAAAAGCCUCUGGUUUUUCUUAUCAAUGUCACAGCAACAGACAGACACGUCAAUACGUUAACAGGUGAUAAUGUAACCUCCCUCUGUCAUAUACACCCACCUCACGUUCUCUUGUAUUGUGUAGGUCUGAAUUGGACUAAAUGUUUGCCUAAACAACAAUGCACAAGCCUUUUAUCACUGACGUCUACAGUCCACGAUAUGGUGAGAGACAGUGUGCAUGCAGUUUUCAUGAGCUUCCCCCAUUGGGCAUCACGUAUCUGCAGAUCUGCACCAAGAAGGGGACAGCGAUGACAACAAAGCAUUCGAAAGCAGUUGGCAAGAACUCAGCUGAAACGAUCAGAGAGAGUGAAUGAGAAACCAGAGAGACGUAAGGAGAAAAAGAAGAGAUGCUGCAGUAUCCCUACAGUGCUGAACCUCAGACUGCGUGACUGACUGGUGUGUAGAGAGAGAGAGAGGGAGAGAGAAAGAGAGAGAGAGAGAGAGAGAGAGAGAGAGAGAGAGAGCAGAGAAGGGAGGGGGUGGUGCAUGUUCUUGCCUGGCUUAGGAGCAAGCAGGCAAACAAGCGGCAGCAUCCCUUUUGUGGCGCGCUGCUGGGGGAACUGGCUGCCUAGAGCCGUGCAGGGCGCUCAUUCCUCCCAGGCGCGCAUAGCGCCACCGCCUCUCCCACACUGGCCGCCGCAGGGACAGCCUCUGUCACAGGCGCAGCACCAUGGCGCAAGCCGCUAAGCAGCUCCGUAAGAACAAGGACCUACAGGAGCUCGCAGCCCAGGAGCAGCGAGAGAAGGAGGAGGAGAAGAUCAAGAAGAGAAACCGAUCGAAAGACCGCAGACGCAAGGCUCAUGUGGUUCAGCGCUGGCUUGUGCAUCAGGACAGUAGUUUGAGUGCAGAGGGUUCGCUGGAGGCUCACGGUGGAAAAUGGCUCUUUGGUGGAAGAGCGGAUACGUCAACCAGUUUCCUUCGUGCCGCACGUUCAGGGAAUCUGGAAAAAGCUCUGGACCAUAUCAAAAAUGGCAUGGACAUCAACACAGCCAAUCAGAAUGGACUCAACGGGUUGCACUUGGCUUCUAAAGAAGGGCAUGUUAAGAUGGUGCUGGAGUUGCUUCACAAUGGCAUUGACCUAGAGACUACCACAAAGAAAGGAAAUACCGCCCUUCAUAUUGCUGCUCUGGCUGGUCAAGAGAAAGUGGUUGCUGAACUGGUCAAUUAUGGUGCCAACGUCAAUGCCCAGUCUCAGAAAGGUUUCAGUCCCCUAUACAUGGCAGCACAAGAGAACCACUUGGAAGUGGUCAAAUAUCUACUUGAACAUGGAGCCAAUCAAAGCCUUCCAACUGAGGAUGGCUUCACACCUUUGGCGGUAGCUCUUCAGCAGGGGCAUGAGAACGUGGUGGCCCUUUUAAUAAACUAUGGCACCAAGGGCAAAGUGCGUUUGCCCGCCCUGCACAUCGCAGCACGCAACGAUGACACACGCACUGCUGCUGUACUGCUGCAGAAUGAUCCCAACCCAGACGUCCUGAGCAAGACCGGCUUUACUCCCCUUCACAUCGCAGCCCAUUAUGAGAAUCUCAGUGUUGCACAGCUGUUAUUAAACAGAGGAGCCAAUGUGAACUUUACGCCUAAGAAUGGCAUCACUCCAUUACAUAUUGCUUCCAGGAGAGGGAAUGUGAUUAUGGUACGACUUCUGUUGGACAGGGGAGCUCAGAUAGAUGCCAAAACCAAGGACGAGUUGACGCCGCUGCAUUGUGCAGCCAGGAACGGUCAUGUACGUGUUGUGGAAAUCCUGUUAGACCAGGGUGCCCCCAUGCAGGCCAAGACCAAGAAUGGUCUGUCUCCCAUCCACAUGGCAGCACAGGGCGAUCACAUGGAUUGUGUAAGGCAGCUACUGCAAUACAACGCAGAGAUCGAUGACAUCACCCUGGACCACUUGACCCCGCUGCAUGUUGCGGCACACUGUGGACACCACCGCAUGGUCAAGGUGCUGUUGGAUAAGGGGGCAAAAGCUAAUGCCCGUGCUUUGAAUGGAUUCACCCCGUUGCACAUUGCCUGUAAGAAGAACCACAUGCGGUCCAUGGACCUUCUGCUCAAGCAUUCAGCAUCUCUGGAGGCAGUGACUGAGUCUGGUCUGACCCCACUUCAUGUAGCUGCAUUUAUGGGGCAUCUUAACAUAGUGAAGAGUCUUCUUCAGAGAGGAGCUUCGCCCAAUGCAUCUAAUGUGAAAGUUGAGACCCCUUUGCACAUGGCUGCCCGGGCGGGGCACUGUGAGGUGGCUCAGUUCCUGCUACAGAACAAUGCACAGGUGGAUGCUAAAGCCAAGGAUGAUCAGACGCCCCUCCACUGUGCUGCUCGUAUGGGACAUAAGGAGUUGGUGAAGCUGCUGUUGGAGCAUAAGGCCAAUCCAGACUCGGCCACCACGGCAGGACACACCCCUCUGCACAUUGCUGCCCGUGAAGGACACGCCCAGACCACACGCAUCUUGCUUGACGAGAAUGCUCAACAAACCAAAAUGACCAAGAAGGGAUUUACCCCUCUACAUGUAGCAUGUAAAUAUGGUAAAGUGGAUGUGGCGGAGCUGCUUUUGGAAAGAGGGGCCAAUCCUAAUGCAGCCGGAAAGAACGGACUGACGCCUCUGCACGUGGCUGUCCAUCACAACAACCUUGAUGUAGUUAAGCUGCUGGUCAGCAAGGGCGGCUCUCCGCACAGCACUGCGAGAAACGGCUACACAGCCCUGCAUAUCGCAGCCAAGCAGAACCAACUGGAGGUGGCAAACAGUCUGCUGCAGUACGGAGCCAAUGCCAAUUCAGAAUCACUACAGGGCAUUACCCCACUUCACCUGGCAUCACAGGAGGGGCAACCUGACAUGGUGGCAUUGCUCAUCUCCAAACAGGCCAAUGUUAAUCUUGGGAACAAGAGUGGGUUGACACCUCUGCACCUGGUUGCUCAGGAAGGGCAUGUGGGCAUUGCAGACAUGCUGGUGAAACAAGGUGCAUCAGUCUAUGCAGCCUCAAGGAUGGGCUACACACCAUUACAUGUGGCGUGUCACUAUGGAAACAUAAAGAUGGUGAAGUUCUUACUUCAGCAGCAAGCCCACGUUAACAGCAAGACUAGAACGGGAUACACUCCUUUACAUCAAGCAGCUCAGCAGGGUCAUACAGACAUUGUCACCCUGCUUUUAAAGCAUGGAGCUCAGCCCAACGAGAUCACCACAAAUGGGACGUCACCCCUGGGUAUCGCUAAACGCCUAGGUUACAUCUCUGUCAUCGAUGUGCUCAAACUUGUGACUGAGGAGUCCGUAUCUAUGAUCACCACUGAGAAGCAUCGCAUGAGUUUCCCCGAGACUGUGGAUGAAAUACUGGAUGUGUCAGAAGAUGAAGGAGUUGCUCAGCUAACAUUAGGUGAUGAACUUCUCGGGAUGGAUGGGGCUCGGUACUUGAAGCUGGAUGAUCUGAAAGACCAGGAUGAUGAUUUUCUAUCCCCUAAGAAAACCCUCAGAGACUUUGAGAGUGGAAUGGGCACAACACCCUACUCACCUGCAAUUCCCAGAAUUCCAUGUGUGUCACCUGAAACUGUCAUGCUAGACCAGCACACCCCUGUCCCUUUGCCAAAGGAGUAUGACGAGGAUUCUCUUAUACCCAGUAGUCCGGCCACAGAGACCUCAGACAACGUUAGCCCAGUGGCCAGCCCCAUCCACACUGGGUUUCUGGUUAGCUUUAUGGUGGAUGCGAGAGGUGGGUCUAUGCGUGGCAGCAGACACAAUGGUCUGCGUGUGAUCAUCCCGCCACGCACCUGUGCCGCCCCCACACGCAUCACCUGCCGUCUGGUCAAACCACAGAAACUGACCACCCCACCUCCUCUGGUGGAGGGAGAGGGGCUUGCAGCACGUAUUAUCUCAUUAGGACCUUCCAGUAUGCAGUUCCUGGGGCCAGUGAUAGUGGAGAUCCCUCACUUUGCAUCCCUGAGCCGGGGUGAUCGGGAACUUGUGGUUCUGCGGAGUGAGAACGGCUCGGUAUGGAAAGAGCAUCGCAAUCGGUAUAGUGAUGAUGUGCUGGAGACCAUACUCAAUGGCAUGGAUGAAGAUCUAGAAAGUCAGGAUGAGCUGGACAAAAAGAGAAUCAGGCGCAUCAUUUCCACAGACUUUCCACUUUACUUUGCCGUGGUGUCCCGCGUCCAGCAGGAAAGUGAUCUUAUCGGCCCAGAGGGCGGUCAGCUGACAAGUAGGCUGGUACCCCAGGUCCAGUCAAUUUUCCCUGAGACAGCUGUGACCAAAAGGGUCCGACUUGGCCUGCAGGCCCAGCCAAUCCCAGAUGAGCUGCUGACUCGGCAGUUAGGAAACCAGGCCACGUUCAGCCCCGUCGUGACAGUAGAGCCUCGUCGGCGUAAAUUUCACCGACCGAUUGGGCUCCGCAUCCCUUUACCUCCAUCCUGGAGGGAGAGCCCACGUGAUGCUGGCGAGGGAGACACUACCAGUCUCCGCCUCCUCUGCAGUGUUAUUGGUGGCACCGCCCCAGCUCAGUGGGAGGACAUCACUGGUACCACCAAGCUCAUGUAUUCUCACAACUGUGCCAACUUCACCACUAACGUGUCUGCAAGGUUCUGGCUUGCAGACUGUCCGCGAACGGCGGAGGCCGUGACCUUCGCCAACCUACUGUACCGUGAGCUGAUGUCAGUGCCGUACAUGGCCAAAUUUGUGGUAUUUGCUAAGAUGAAUGAUAUCAGAGAGGGUCGUCUGCGCUGUUACUGCAUGACCGACGACAAAAUAGACAAAACCCUCGAGUUGCAUGAGAACUUCACAGAGGUGGCGCGCAGCAGAGACAUUGAGGUGAUGGAGGGAAUGCCGCUGCACUUAGAAUGCUCCGGAAACUUGGUGCCAGUGAGGAAAGCCACCCAGCAGCCUCGUAGUUUUAGUUUCCAGGCCUUCAGAGACAAUCGGCUACCUGUCUCUGUAAAGGUGCGAGACGGCAAUAAGGAAGCCACCGGGUUCCUGUCCUUCCUGCGCAAGUCCACCAAAUACGAGGACACGCAGCACGUGCUGUGCAACCUCAACAUCACCAUGCCUCCCUGUGUAAAGGGGGUGGGCAGUGACGAAAGACGGAGAACGUUGACUCCUCUUGCCCUGAGGGAGAAGUACAGCACCCUAAAUGAGUCUGGCCCGGCCACUGUGAAUGCCAGAGAGAAAACUGAGAUGAAGAUCGCACUAAUAUCAGAACACCUGGGACUGAGCUGGACAGAGCUGGCAAGGGAGCUGCAGUUUAGUGUGGACGACAUCAAUCGGAUCAGAGUGGAAAACCCUAACUCCCUACUGGACCAAAGUACAGCUCUCCUCAACCUGUGGCUUAGCCGAGAGGACAAGUUGGAGAACCUGUAUGGAGCUUUGAAGAACAUUGACCGGUCAGACAUUGUGAAGUCUCUGGAGGGUCAGGCUCCACAGGCGGCUCUUGAGACGAUGGAGGAAGGAGCCUGCAGGCUGGCUGAUCGUGACUCCACCAUGCUUUCUCCCAGCAUUAUCAACGGUUUUGGCCUGGUGCAAGAGGAGCUGCUCUCCCCCGCUUCUAUGCAGUACAGCCUGCCCUCCCCACUGAGCGUCGAACCGUACUGGCAGGAGGUGUCCAGCCUUGAAUGCGCUCCCAUCGCCACCACAGAAGAAGACACAAUGAUGGAGAUGUCGGACGUGCAGGUGUGGCCCGCUGGGGUCAGUCCGUCAUUGGUGACAGUCGAGGACUCGUCACUGGACUGCAGCAGCCGCGCUGAUGACUCGGAGGCUAACACGUUGAGUCUGCCCUGCAGCAGCUUGGGGAGGCCCAGCAGCGGAGCCAGCGGGGCCAGCGGCUCAAUUUUGGAGCUGGAGGAGGGGGAGGAGGAAGAGGAGGUCGAUGAAGAGGAUAUACAGCACGACCUGGCGUCUGGAUGCACAGAAAAAAGUUGGGCCAGUGGCGCUGUCCCAAAGACUAACUACAAUGGGCAGGCUGGAGGUCAGAGGUCGGAGAGCAAGAGGACAGAGGUGGUGGCGGGCGGCAGUGUGGCGGGUGUAGCUAGAGGAGGAGGAAAGGGUGGAAAGGGGGCAAGUUCAGAGGAAAAGUUUUCUGUUCUUACAGGGCAACAGAUCUACGCCCAGUUGUGUGAGCGAACCGGAUUGACUAGAGCCUUAGAACACAAUGGAGACAGGCUCAGUGGUGGUGCUUUCCAACCAUUUGCACAGGAGAUAGAAGGCUUUGCCGAUUCCCACCACAGCUGGUCCCAACCCAAAGCAAGGCAGAACCUAGAGGCCAUGAUGUCAUCGACCCAGGACCAAAAUCAGUCACGUGUAGCACAGGAGGCCCUGCUUACACCGGUAUGUGAUACAGGCCAUUCGGAGGUCCUCCGUGGACGUCUGCUGGGCACUCAGCCCUUUGAUAAAGGGCUGGGCUUCUCCCAUCAGGAGGGGGAAUUGCGGGCAUGGGACCAGGACAGACGGAAGGCACAGAAGGACGAUCCAAUAGAUCUAACCGGUGAUCACCUGCAUGAAGAGCCGUUUGCAGAUAGGCACGGGAAUGUUGUAGCCAAGUUGGGUGUGGAUGCGAAGAGGGAUGUACAGGCCGUGAAGCGCUCCAGUCUACGGAGAGUAAAGCACUGAAACAAACACAUGUUGUCCAGAAGGGCCGGACAUCCACUGCCAAACCAUCCUUCACCUAUGUACGCUUGGUAGACAGAACGAGACACUGAACGAUGGAGAAAACAUAACCCGAGGGAUUAAAACAAGCAGCGAACGAGAACAACUACACAUCCCGCCCAAAACCAACGACAGUCAAGCGACCACAGAGCAUCACUGGAACAAAAAGGAGGACUCCUACCUGUAGUUUUGUAACAUUUUUAAACAGACAAAAACAACUAGAUUAGGGCAUGAACUUUUUUUGUACAAAACGUGAAGAAAACAACCAAAAAAAAGCAACAAAAGUGCUUCCUGUCAACUGUAAACGCAUGACUGACUGCCGGUGCAUGACCUAUGAGCUGUCGUUAUCUAAGAAAACUGAAGGGGUACAAGGUAAAGGGCCGUUCCUGGAUGGGCUUGGGAGGGGGGUACUCAUGGACCUUUUAUCUUGAAAUGAAGGGGAUUCUUCAAAAAAAGAAAAAAACGGAGUCUCAAGAACGCAAACGCCCAAAAAAUCAACAGUUCUUUAUUUUGUCAAACGGAUUGUCAAAACACAGCAGCAUAGUUGAUGCUAAGCCCGUCACUUCAUUUACACAGGCCCUUUAUCCUGUUAUUCAAUGUGAUAUAUGCACUCUAUGCUACGUGAAUGUGUGUCGGUGUGUGCGCGCGUGUCGGUAUCUUAUGCAUGUGUACUCGCUUCCAGCUUUAUUUCUGGAUCGGUCAGAGCUAAUUUGGUGUUUGCCAUGGGAAUGAGAAUAAGCCUCUGUGCUCUCCUGCUCGUGAAUGUCCGUGCGUGUUUAUUUCCAGACGCUUUCCGUCCGACUUUGUGAAACGUAUUUGUGUUCUGUUCAACUGUUAGCCACCUUUUGCUUUCGAGAUGAUUUUAAAGGGCCCCCCUCCUCCAAACAGUGUUAAUUGAUCAUAACCAGGUUUUUUUAGACGAAGGUGGUAUUGCUCUGUAUGUACAACACCCCAUGUUUCUGACAACCUACGGAGGGCACAUGCUUAUAUUGUCUAAUAUUGUGUUCAGACCCUCUCUCCAUUUCGACCUCUGACCAACCGACCAUCCAUUCAUUCACAUUUGCUUUUUAUUAAGCUUCCAUGUCAGACCGAUUUCAGAGACUAAUGUAGCAUUGCAUGCUGGUUUUUACUCUUUUCAUGCUGUUCUCUAGGGCCGGCUUUCACUUGGUCCCUUAGUUUUAAAUUAAUUUGAUAUUAUUAACCAAGCUGUGCCGGUGAAAAUGAUCGUAGCUUUGACACCCGGGGCUUGGGGACUAUCUCUGAGUAACUGCUUUUGUAAUGUUUGGGAUUUCAGAUCGAGAAACGAGGAAAGAAAGCAUUUUAAACUUUGUUGACGCUCUUUCUUUUACCUUUUUCUUUAGGUGUACAGUUAAAAAUAGACAAAUAUACAGACAGCACUGUGACAGUCCACCUUAAAAUUGACCCCUGAACUGUGAACUCACAACUGUCUGUCUCACUUUUUGGCUUCAGAUGUUUUACUUUUAUCAAGUUCCAACAUACGUAGUGCUCGCACAUACCAACAAGAUCCUGUACUAUUGCAAGUACAUGUAAAUGAUGUCCUGUUCACAUCAUUCACAAGUAUACUUUAACAUUCACCUUUGUUCAUUUUGUUUUCUAUGAAAGAGCCCAAACAUAAACAAACACUUAAAAUAUAGUCUACCAAAGCAAUAAUAUCAAUGUGCUGAACAGUUGGGAUACUGUUUUGUUGUUGGUGUGUGUGCGGGUGUGUGUGUGCGCGCGCGUUUGUGUAUCAUUUGAACUUGUCUACGAGUGCUUGUGUGAUCAGUAUAUCCUGUAUUUACCCAACAUUUUAGUAGCAUUUGUAAGAUGUAUAUGUUUGAAGAGAUACUCAAGCAUGCACAGGUAUCUCACAAGGGUCACACAGUAUGCAAUUACGUGAUAUACAUUACAAUUCAAGUUCAUAAAAUGGACACCGCGGAUGGGUGUUAGGGGUAGCUGUGUUUAACUUUUAAUGGGAAAGGCAUUGUUUAUGAAUGGCUGUGGAGUCAUGGCUGGCAAGCGUAAGGCUGAAUAUCAGGGACGGUGCUCAGCAUUUAAUCACAGCACAGUAGCUUACAUAUUCAUGAGCACACCGUGAUAUUGGCUCAUGCAUUCAUAAAGUUUAAUUUGAGGAUUAUGAAAGAGAUGAGUGAAUUAUCCUUCAAACAAAGACAAAUUUAAUUAAGGAAUGCAUGGACAAUUGGACGAAUGAUUGUACUUUGUAUUUAAAAAUGUUUAAUUAGAUCCUUGUGUUUAUUUAUUUGGGGUUCAUUGUGUGCGUUGCAAAACGACACGCGUCCUUUCUCACCAAACAUUUAUGAGUUUUGCCUCGCACUGUAUAUUAUUUUCUACAGUUCACUCAGGUUUUUGUUGAUAAAUGAUUUUUCUUCCAUGUUUCUAGUUAAGACAUAAUAGUACAUUCACUCUCAGGAGUAUGAGGAUUGUCAGUGAGGGGUGUUGUGGGUAGGGGUAUUGACCUAAGCAUGAAGGACAUGGAUACUUAAAACAUGUUCAAUACCUUAUUGCUGCUGUAAUGGUUGAGCAAGACUUAUAUUUAAUAUUUUUGGUUUUAAAAACAAAGUGGGGGAAAAGUAAGAGAAUAUAUUAUGUUUUUAUUUAUUUGUUUGUUUGUUUGUUUGUUUCGAACUGAACAAAAUGAUUCAUUCAUUGCAAUUGUUAUGUAUUAAAGAGUUUAUGUAAAAUGUUUAACUGUUGCAAAAAUUUAGACUUCACCUAUACUCCUUUAGAAUGAAUUAAUGACAAAUAUAAACGCAAUAUCAUAUUACUCUGUACUAAGGAAUGCAACUGCGCACAUGCACAGAAAAGAUGUUUUUAAUAAAGACUAUAUGUAUAAAUAUAUGACAAAAUAUAUUUAAUUAGAAUGCUAUGCACCCUUAUUAGAGUUGUUAUGGAUGUACUUUAAGCAUAUUAGUUAGUUAAUCCAGUGAUACGAACAUGCCCAUAUCAUGGGGAAUGUAGAGGCUUUGUAGCUAUUUGGACAUGUUUUCAUUUCCUUUUUUUUAUUGUAAUGGAGAGAGGAAAUACGAACAUUGAAUAUGUAUACAAGCCUUUAUUCAGAUUCAUUCUGACAUGAAGAUAUGUAUAGACCAUUUACCCUGCACACCAGCUCAGAUCAUUUACAAAAGUUAAUAAAGAAAGAUGUGACA